GGCGCGGCCAAUGGGGGCGGCCCGGCGGGGGGCGCGCGGCUGGGGCGCGGCGGCGAUGGCGGCCAUGGCGGGCGGCGGGCCCCGGCGGUGCCGGCGGCUGGAGGGCGAGGCGGCCCGCGCCGUGCUGGCGGCCGCCGACACGCUCCUCUUCGACUGCGACGGCGUGCUGUGGCGGGGCGAGGCGGCGGUGGGCGGCGCGGCGGCGGCGCUGGGCCGGUUGGCGGCGGCGGGCAAACGACUCUGCUACGUGACCAACAACAGCAGCCGGACGCGCGUGGCCUACACCGAGAAGCUGCGGCGCUUGGGCUUCCCGCCCGCCGAGCCCCGGCACGUCUUCGGGUCCGCCUAUUGCGCGGCCCGUUACCUGCGGCAGGCCCUGCCGCCCGGCGCCGCCGCCUACGUGCUGGGCAGCCCCGCGCUCGCCGCCGAGCUGGAGGCCGCGGGCGUCCCGCACCUGGGGCCCGGCCCCGCCGCCCUGCCCGGCCCCGCGCCCGCCGACUGGGCCCAGGCGCCCCUUGACCCCGCCGUCCGCGCCGUCCUCGUCGCUUUCGACGAGCACUUCAGCUACGCCAAGCUCUGCCAGGCCCUGCGCUACCUCCUGCGCGACGGCCCCGACUGCCUGCUCGUCGGUACCAACCGCGACAACCGCCUCCCGCUCGAGGGCGGCACCGCCAUUCCCGGGACGGGCUGCCUGGUGAAGGCGGUGGAGACGGCGGCGCAGCGCGAGGCCUUCAUCGUGGGGAAGCCCAACCGGUUCAUGUUCGACUGCGUGGCCAGCGAGUUCGACAUCGACCCCGCGCGCACCAUCAUGGUGGGCGACCGGCUGGACACAGACAUCCUGAUGGGCAACAGCUGCGGCCUCACCACCCUGCUGACGCUCACCGGGGUCUCCACGCUGGACGAGGUGCAGGGCCACCAGCAGAGCAGCUGUCCCAGCCGACACAGCCUGGUGCCCGACUACUACGUCGACAGCAUCGCCGACCUCCUCCCGGCGCUGGGUGACCCGUAGAGCACAGUCCCCGCAGCGCCCCGUUAGUCACCCUGUGACAGUCAGGCACUCACUAGGUACCACCCAGAGUUAGCAACCCCUUGCUUAGCCCGCCUGUCCUCUCGGUAGGAUGUUGUUUACACCUUGGUCUUUAAAUGCACUUUGAAACGGAGAGGGCAUUAGGGUGUCACCCGCCUCUGGAGGCUGGGGCUUUUGUUUUUAAUUAUAAGCAACACAUCGAUCCAAUGUUUGUGAUACUUGAUGUCACGUUGUCCUCUAGACUGAGCUGAGGAAAGUCGAGCUGGUUAAUCUGAGGAGACCCCAGGUCUGGUGGUGCGUCCUCAGGCCGUGGCUCAGUCUGGUUUAUUCAGGGAAAUGACUCUUGGCACGUGUGGUGAUGUAGUGGCUGUGUUUGGAAUUAGCCUUUGGCCUUGGGGUGAUGAUCUUUCUGUACAAGGUCCUGUUUGGGGUACAGCUGCUGCAAGUGCGGCAGCAGGUCACAGGAGCUGAGAUCCCUGGAAUCCAUCUCCUUGAUUUGACCUUUUCAAUGGCACUUGGGAUGAGAUUAGGACGAUUCCACUCACAGGACACAAACAGUGUCUGCUGUGUUUGUCCAUUGGGUGUAUGUGUAAAGCACAUGUACAUAUAAGAACUCCCCCAUUCUGAAUAUAUAUCAGAAUAUAUUUAAAAUAUAAAUUUAAGUAGAGUGUAUGAUAAUAUAUCAUUUCCCAGAAGGGAGGAUUAGAGGAAUGUACUUCACUGAUCACAGUACUUCUCCCAAAGUUUUUGCAUUUGGCAAUGCAGAAAGAGUGUAGCCACAUAGGACUGUCCCUCACCACUGCUGCUUCCCAGGAAUAACUGGUUUGGUACCAAGUUCCUUCUUGUACUUCCCUCAGCAUCGACGUAGCUGCUUCCCUUGGCUUCAGCUGCAGACAGGAUUUAAGGUUCAGGCCACAGGGGUGGAUGCAGGGCACGGUCCAGCUUUGCUCCAAAGUAAUCCUGUGGGUGCUGGCUGCGUGUGACAACGGCAUGUGCUUCCUUUAAAUACCUGAGGGGAAGACCUUCCUCAGGGGCCUGCUGGGGGGCCUGGCUCUGGCUGCUUGGAGUGCUCUCUUGCUCAGGGUGAUUUCAGACUGAUCUGUGGGUGAUGCACAGCUAGGGCUCCCAGGUAGAUUUUUAUUUUUAUGCUGGCUGAAUCAAAGGCUGCAGCUGAAAGCUUCUGCAUUACAGAAUUAGGUGAGAAAUUAUAUAUGCAAAUAACAUGUUUUUAUUCCAUAGAUUCCAGUAUCAGCAGGUGAAUUUAAGCACUGGCCUUCCUUCCUCUCCCACUGCUCAGCUGGAUAGGCUGGCAGUGUGCCAAGGCCAUUUCCUUCCACUCAGACACUCGAAACAAGCAGACUUUAGCCCUGUGUUUGUACAGCAAUAACUGUGUGGUUCCUGUUGUCUGUCAGUGUUCCCAGAGUAUCAGCUGGAUCUUGUCAAAGGGUGUUUGUAUCUGGGGGGGAGUGGAGGGAAGCACAAAUAAUCCCUCCCCUGUUCCUGUCUUCAGCUGGAAGGCUGGGACUGGGUAAAGAAACACUUCCAGGUAGAGCUUUGACAUUAUCUGGGUAAGGUGGACAUGGGGUUAGGGGGUUGCUUCAGGUAGGGCCAAACUUAGGGGUGUGUCUUUGGUUCAGUUCCUGUCUCUGGUGCUUAGAAAUUCAGAACAUGUUGAGUGGAGGAGGCAGUGCCAGGGGAGGUGCUGGGCCUCACUGGCUGUCCUGCCAGCAUUGCUCACUGCACCAGGGAACCCGUACCUCCAGCCACCUCUGCUGCAAUGUCCCUGUGAAGGUGUCAGUCCUGCUUCAAAACUCUGUAUCAGCUUCCAAACGGUUUUUGAGCCUCUACUUGAAUUCACAUUAAACUUACAAACCUGC